UCACUGCUCGUGGGCACCCUGGAGGAAAGGGUGGCUACACGGCCCCCAUCCCUGAGCUGCAAUCGGCCCCCUCUACACACACGCUUCAACCCUGUUUGGCCGCUCCCAUCGCAGCUUGCUUCCUGCAUCCCCGGGCUCUCAUCCCGCGCCCGGCAUCCCAAGAGCAUCCUGCAUCCCUUAUCCCUGCGAGAAUCCUGCAUCUGACAUCCCGGAGGCUGGGCAUGUAGUAGCGGCGGUAGCUGCGGAAUAUGGGCGGGAACCACUCCCACAAACCCCCAGUGUUUGAUGAGAACGAAGAAGUCAACUUUGACCACUUCCAGAUCCUGCGGGCCAUUGGUAAAGGGAGUUUCGGAAAGGUAUGCAUCGUGCAGAAGAGAGACACGAAGAAGAUGUAUGCCAUGAAGUACAUGAACAAGCAGAAGUGUGUGGAGCGGGAUGAGGUGCGGAACGUGUUUCGGGAGCUGCAGAUCAUGCAGGGAUUGGAGCACCCAUUCCUGGUGAACCUGUGGUACUCCUUCCAGGAUGAGGAAGACAUGUUCAUGGUGGUGGAUCUGCUGCUGGGCGGAGACCUGCGCUACCACCUACAGCAGAAUGUGCACUUCACAGAGGGAGCUGUGAAACUGUACAUCUGUGAGCUGGCCCUGGCCCUGGAGUACCUACAGAGGUACCACAUAAUCCACAGAGACAUCAAGCCGGACAACAUCCUGCUGGACGAGCAUGGGCAUGUGCACAUCACAGACUUCAACAUCGCCACAGUCGUGAAAGGAGCGGAGAAGGCUUCCUCCAUGGCUGGCACCAAGCCCUACAUGGCCCCAGAAGUCUUCCAGGUGUAUGUGGAUGGAGGCCCUGGGUACUCAUACCCCGUGGACUGGUGGUCCCUGGGUGUCACGGCCUAUGAGCUGCUACGAGGUUGGAGGCCAUAUGAAAUCCACUCGGCCACACCCAUUGACGAGAUCCUCAACAUGUUCAAGGUGGAGCGUGUCCACUACUCCUCCAUGUGGUGUGAGGGGAUGGUGGCCUUGCUGAAGAAGCUGCUGACCAAGGACCCCGAGAGCCGCCUGUCCAGUCUCAGUGACAUCCAGAAUAUGGCCUACAUGGCAGACAUGAACUGGGAUGCAGUGUUCGAGAAGGCACUGAUGCCCGGCUUUGUGCCCAACAAAGGGAGACUGAACUGUGACCCCACGUUUGAACUUGAAGAAAUGAUUCUAGAAUCCAAGCCACUUCACAAAAAAAAGAAGAGGUUGGCCAAGCAUCGAUCCAGAGACAGCACAAAGGACAGCUGUCCCCUGAAUGGACACCUGCAGCAGUGUUUGGAGACGGUGCGGAAGGAGUUUAUCAUAUUCAAUCGAGAGAAGCUCAGGAGGCAGCAGGGGCAUGAUGGCCAGCUCUCAGACCUGGAAGGUCGAGUAGGAAGCCAGGUCUCAAGCAAGCUACAGGAUGGUCGAAACAACAAUAUCCUGACCCAUACAUGCACCCGAGGCUGCAGCAGCUAAGCUCUCCUGCCCAGAUGGCACCCUCUCUGCCCUGACACCCAGAAUCCCUCCUCUGUGCCCUGAUGGUCCCCAUCUCAGCCCUAAAACAUCAGAUGCAAAAAGAGCUCUGUAAUCAGAUCUGGGGAGCCUGGACUCUGGUCCCUGCUUCCAACUGCUUUCCUGUGUGACCUUGAACAAGUCACACUUCCUCUGUGCCUCGGAUUUUCUGCAUCUGUGGAAGGGGUUAAAGAGCUCUCUGCCCUGUCUCCAGUCACAACGUUGUGAGAAUCCGGUUGGACUGCACAUAUCCAAACUCUCGGGCAUUGAUAAAAGUGUUUUUACAUGUAAAA